AGCACAUUAUUCGCAGAGAAGGGAACAUACGUGUUCCCUUAACAACCCAACAACAGCAGCAACAGUAACAACAGUAACAGACAGUAACAACAGCAGCAGCUGCAACAAUCAUGUCAUCAUCUCUAGAACAGUUGGAGAACCAACUUGAGACAUUUAUUGAAAAUGUUCGUCAAAUUGGAAUCCUGGUUAGUGACUUCCAGCCCCAGGGACAACAAGUUCUUAACCAGAAGUUACAGAACAUGAUAACAAAUAUGCAAGACAUUGACAAACUUCGCUCUGCUGUCCAAGAUGUACAUGUUCCUCUGGAAGUUUUUGAGUACAUAGAUGGAGGGAGAAACCCUCAGUUAUAUACUAAGGAUUGCAUGGAGAAAGCUCUUACAAAGAAUGAACAGGUUAAUGGGAGAAUUGAUUCAUAUAAGAGGUUCAAGGCAAUGCUGUUAGUUGAACUGUCUCAUGUGUUUCCAAAUGAGAUGACACGAUAUCGCGCAGUCAGGGAAGAACUAAGCUGAAGACAGUCAUGCUCAACCUCUUUGGAAAUUGCCAAGGAUAACCCAUGGCAGUUUCAGGGUCAACCCAUUCAAAUGACUGAAAAGUGCCUGAGAAUAAAAGUGUCUCUCGGAAGAAUUGGGUAUAAAACUUGAGAGUGUUGUAUCUAGUAUGUCUGAGAUCUUAAUUUGUGUAUCCAUAUUAAUUCUUUAGUCUGGAUGGAAAUUGUUCAUAAAACUGAAAAUUAUAUUUAUAGCACUCCUCCAAACUAAGUACAGUACAUAAAAUCAAAAGUAUUUUACACACAGAAAAACUUAACUCCCACUGUAGUUGUCCUUUUCCAAAUAUAUACAUAUGUAAAACAUUUAAUCAUCAUUGAGGGUAGAAAGUGGCCUAUGAUCUUCAGACUUACAGAUUAAUACAUGUUUCCAUGAAUGACAGAAGCUGUACCACGUGUUAACAGUUAUGUUUGACUGAAUAACUAUGCAGAUCUGCAUGUAAUCUCCCAACAGUUUUGAUGUAGGUUAUGUUUCAUCUGGGAUGGAAGUAGUAUGGGAGACUAUUAUUACGUAACAUAUGCUGGUCAAAAUCCAAGCGGAAGGUCUACAACUGGCAUUAUUUACACCAGUUAUGUUAUGCUAAAAAUAUUCUUAUUUCCUCCUGUUUUUAAACAAGUGUUGUACAUGAUCUGAGGCAUCAUUUGAGUUUUAGGAAAUUUUGAGAACUGUGUUCAUUUUCAAAUUGCAUCGCACCAAGGUAUAAUAUUUUUUAUAAUGUGUAUGCAGUGUCCUGGGGUCAGCCAUGAAAUGUUGUAUAGUGUGUUUUUAUGCUACAGUCCCUUGCCAUUUUUUCUCAUUUACUCUGUUUUGCUCAUUAAUAGUGACUAGUAUGUAGACAAGGCAUAAAAGUAUGAUUCUGAGUAGACAUCGCUGUAAUUUGGAAUUUUCUUUAUUCUUCUGUCUUUCACAAUUCUGGCAGUUUCUGUGAUCAUUGACUCGAGGAUUGUGGUUAAUGACUCUCUCUCUCUCCCUCCCCUCUCUCUCUCUCUCUCCCUCCCCCUCUCUCUCUCUCUCUCUCCCUCCCCCUCUCUCUCUCUCUCUCUCUCUCCCUCCCCCUCUCUCUCUCUCCCUCCCCCCUCCCCCUC